CUUCCCCCUCCCAAAAAUGGCGAAGGGGCGACCGCGAAACCCUCUCGUCCCCUCCCAUCCCUCCAAAACCCUAACCCUAAUCCCUUCAAAAUCCCGUCCCCCUCCUACCCCGAUCGCCCUCCCCGUCCCCGAUCUCGAUCGCAAGCGUAGUUGUGGUAGCAGGGGUAGUUGCUCACCUCUUUCUUCGUUAGAUCGCGGAGCGCUGGGGGAUGGGGUGCGGGGCGUCGAAGCUGGAGGCGGAGGAUGAGCUCCCGCCGGGGCUGCGGCCGAUCCGGCGCAAGAUCGAGGAGGUGAAGCGGCGGCGGCGGCGGUCGAGGUACAGCAUCGUCUCCACCACCGAGCUCCUCUGCCCCGAGGACGACCGCGACGGCCCCGCUGCUGAUGCUGAGGGUUCGUCGCGGAAGGUGAAGGCCUCGGCGGUGGCGCCGGAGCCAGAGAUCCCGGAGGAGGAGGAGGUGGAGGAGGUGGUGGAGGAGAAGCCGAAGUUUGAGGCGGCGGCGGCGGCAACAGCUGCGGAGGAGAAGGAAGAGGAGGCGAGGAAGGUGGGGAAGGGUACGAGGGUUGAGGGGGCGGAGGACGAGGAAGAGGUGGAGGGGGAGAUGCUGGGGUCGCCGAGUUUUAGGUUCUACUUCGUCGACGCGGUUCGCGACUCCGACGACGACUCAGUGAAGUUGGCCGGGUUCCAGGGGAAAGAGAAACUCGAAGAAAUCAAGGAGAAGGACCAUGAAAGGGAGGAAGCCGCCGAGUCGGUUAACCCGAAUGAGCAGGAUUCAGAAUCCAAACAAGUGAAGAAGGAGAAGCCGAAGAAACUUCGGGCCCUGACGAAGGCACCAAGCGCGGUUCGUAACUUGUUUAACGUCCGUAACUGCUACAGCAACCCAUCCUCUGACACAAACAAUGUAAACCACCCUCGCCUCUUAACCGGCACUUCGGCGUAGGGAAGCUAAUGCGGCUUCUUUAGUUUCCAAAAUGUGACUGAAAGAUUGAUUUCUUGUUAUGUCUGCUCUGUAUCCUGUUUGUUUUGGUUGUCGUAUGUUGUUAAACUAAUCUAAAUUCGCGUAAGCUGCAAAUGUUGUGAGAGCAGGACCAUGGUUUAUUAGGGUUCCUCUCUUUCAAGAACUCUUGUAAUUGAAAUCCACAUAUUAUACCAUAUUCUUUGUUUCACA